AUGGUGGCUGGUUACAUAAUAGCCAUAACUGGGGCGACCAGUUUAAUCGCUAUACUCAUAACAUUCGCAUCAAUACUGUCACAUCUGCUUAACUAUAGAAAGCCGUUCCAACAGAGACUCAUCAUAAGAAUCCACCUGAUUAUACCGUUUUUUGCAAUAUCAUGUUUUGCGACCGUCGUGAAUCCUUUCGUGGGCCUGAACAUAUUGGCCCCUUUCCGUGAGAUUUACGAGGCGUUUGUGAUUUACACCUUUUUUAGUUAUCUUACAACGAUCCUAGGAGGAGAGAGGAGGAUCAUAAUAGCGACUAGUGGAAGAGAGCCGAUACAGCAAUUACCUCAUGUUCCGACCUGGAUACUUCCCAGGGUGGAUAUUUCCAACCCUUAUACGUUUUUGAGCAUCAAGAGAGGUAUUCUUCAAUAUGUUUGGAUAAAACCACUUCUGUUUUUAAUAACAAUCAUGAGCCAGGCAUUAGGAGUCUAUGACGAAAAUGACUUUAGCUUUCAUAGCAUAUAUUUUUGGAUCAGCAUCAUGUACAAUGUUACUGUGUCCAUGUCGUUGUAUCAGUUAGCAAUGUUCUGGAAGUGUUUAUACCAGGAUCUAAAGCAGUUCAAUCCAUGGUCCAAAUUCAUGUGCGUUAAACUUAUUAUUUUUGCUUCAUAUUGGCAGGGUUUACUUCUGAGCCUGGUCAACUAUUUUUUCAGUAUUGAUAACCAACUGACUACACAGAUAGAAAACUCCUUGCUGUGUGUGGAGAUGGUGGGCUUUGCCAUACUGCAUUGGCAUGCUUUCAACUAUGAGCCUUUCAAAAAACAGAAUAUGCCCGAAUGUGGACGGCUGAGUCUGAAAUAUAGUAUCAAAGAUUUCAUGGGCAUUGAAGAUUUAAUCUUCGACUUUAGACACACUUUCAAUGGAGACAUGUAUGGUUAUAAAACUUUUGAUUCUGUUGAGUCGAUCAUUGCGCAUCCUGAAUCAAAGCAAUUUUCAGAUAGAAUCCUCAACAAAGGGAUGCGCUACAGCCGAGGAAGUUCUAGAACGUAUUGGUUAGAAAGCAGUAGCUUACUGCGAAGCGAGAGCACCAACUCGUACCAAAGUGUGCAAAGUCAUACUUCAAACAACCGCAAGCCUGUUAAAGAUGAUUUCGAUCCAGAACAACUUGUCAAAGACGAUAAACUAUAUUCUUAUGUGAAACGGCAUUACCCAUUUGGAGACCCUAAUUGCCCUGUCAUAACGGAGGAAGACUCUUACAGGUACAGCCGCAACUUCAAGCAGAGACGACGAGAUCUGGCUUGA